UUCAUCAAAACAUGACAUCCACGUCUUCUCAAAUGGCUUUCCCGCCAAGGAAACGCCGGCCAUCCGCCGGAUCUUUCGUCACACCGAAUAUCUCCGAUAAUCAUCUCAUCCAGUCUCUUCUCAUCUUAACUCAAGAUAUAUCAUCGCUCGAACCAAUUCGUUUUCUUCUGAGGAAUAACUUUUCCUCAAUUGUUCGUAAAGUGAACCUGUUAACCUUCUUGUUCGAAGAUCUUGUCAAGAAUCCUUCCGCCUGGUAUUCUCCUUCCGCAAUUCUAUGUUUUCGUGAACUUUACAUUCUUCUUCAAAGAAUCAAGACGAUGAUUGAAGAUUGUUCUAGUGGAAGCAAGAUGUGGUUAUUGUUACAGAACGUAACGAUUGCUAAUACUAUUCAAGAGCUCACCGUCGAGAUGUUUACUCUUCUUGAUAUUUUUCCUGUUAAGGAGAUGAAUAUUAAUGAAGAUGUGUAUGAAUUAGUAGGUCUGAUAAAGAAACAGUGUGGACAGACGAAUGCGACUGUGGAUCCGAUGGAUUUGAGUUUGAAGAUUGAUGUUCUGAACAUGCUUGAGAUGAUUAGAGAAGAGAUUAUUCCUGAUCAAUCAAAGCUUUCAGAGAUCUUCAUCAGAUUGAAUCUGACAGAUUCGAGUAGUUGCAGAGAAGAAAUGGAGAAUCUAGAAGAAGAAGUUCAGAUUCAGACUAAUCAGAAAUCAAAAUCCAUCGUCGUUUCUCUAAUCGGAUUCGUUCGCUACACAAAAUGCGUUCUAUACGGCGAGUCAACACCACCGCCGCCGCAGAGAAACUCUUUCCGACGCCGGAGGUCGAUGGUGGAAGAUAACAUUCCGACGGAUUUCCGAUGCCCGAUUUCCCUUGACCUAAUGACAGAUCCAGUGGUUGUUUGUACAGGUCAGACCUAUGAUCGUGAAUCAAUAACCGCUUGGAUUCAAGCCGGUCACGCCACGUGUCCUAAAUCAGGUCAAAACCUGGCCCAUUCUAAAUUAAUACCGAAUACAGCUUUGAAAAACUUGAUAUCAAUGUGGUGCCGCCAACAAAGAAUUCCAUUGGAAAAGGAUAAAUCAAACGACGUCGUCGUAAUGGAAGCUACAAGAAUGACGGUUUUAUUUCUGGUAAACAAAUUAACCGAAAAUUCGAAUUCAUUCGAAACCGCCAAUAACAUCAUCCACGAGCUUCGGAAUCUCGCCAAGUCAGAUUCGGAUAGCCGUAGUUGUAUCGUCGACGCCGGAGCAUUACCUCUGUUCGUUAAAUUCCUACGCUCCGAUCAUCCAGACGCUGAGGUGAAUUCCGUAACCGCAAUUCUAAAUCUAUCGAUUCUUGAAGAGAACAGGGAGAAGAUAAUGAAGACAGACGGAAUUCUAGAUGGAGUUGUAUAUUUGUUAAGGAAUGGAGCUACCUGGGAGGCGAAAGGGAACGCAGCCGCGACUUUAUUCAGCUUGUCAAGCGUACAUUCUCACAGGAAACGAUUAGGGAGGAAGAAAGGAUUGAUCUCGGGUUUACUAGAGUUAGCCAGACUAGCCCCUGGUAGUACAAAGAAGGACGCACUAGCUGCUAUAUUAAGUUUAGCAGGGGAAAAGGAAGCACUUGGGAAAUUAGUUCAGAACGGGAUUAUGGAAGUUACAUCAGAGAUGAUUGAGAAAGGAUUACCCGAGGAAGCAGUUAUGAUUCUGGAGACGAUGAUUAGAAGAGGAGGAGCUGCUGUUGUCGGGGCUGCAUUCAUUAUGAUAAGGAAAUUAGCGACGCUGAUUAGAAAUGGUACAGAUAGGUCUAGGGAGAGUGCUGCAGCGACACUGGUGAAUAUAUGUAGGAUUGGUGGACCGGAGAUGGUUGUGGAGCUUGCUAGUGUGCCCGGGAUUGAGAGAAUGGUUUGGGAAAUGAUGGGAAUGAUGACCGGUAGAGGUAGGAGGAAGGCGGCGUCUUUGUUGAGGAUUCUGAGAAAACGUAAAGUUGGUGUGGAAGGAGACUUAAAUAUCAUGCUUCAUCCUUCUCUAGUCGCCAUGGCUGCAGUCCGGUAG